CAGGGGGAUUCCCCUUACAAUUUAUUACGCCUGGUCUCUUGUUGUCUCGAGGCUAGUCAAGCGAGUCAUCAGCUCAUAGAGCUAGAGCAAAGCAUCUCUUCUUUAUCUAGAUCUAUGAUCAGCUACAUGUACUAUUAAAAUUAUGACAGAGCAGGCUAUUGAACAUGAGAAUGACCCCCUCCAACCAGGUCAAAGGUGUAUGGCAGUGCAGGACUUUGACGGACAAGAGGAGGGGGACCUUCCAUUUAAAAUUGGUGAGAAAAUCAUAAUAGUCGAACCGUGUGAGCUGGUGUUCUGGUACAAGGCACGCAAUGAGGGAGGAAGCACAGGUGUUGUACCCAGGCCAUUCCUAGUCCCAGUGGAGGAUGCUCCACCCCCUCCCCUUCCCCCUAAGGAGACUACUCCCACCCAAGUGCCAGUUGGAGGCUAUGUACAGAUGAGCUCUGCUGUCCCCAUCGUUACCCAAGGUGUCACAAGGGAGGGCUACCUUCACAUCAAUCCCAGCACUUUCCAGCAAAACUCAAAUGACCCUGAUGAUCGGAGAGCGUUCAUUGCCCAAGAGAAGGAGAAGAGAAGGCGACUGAAGCCGGGGACUUUGGUUAUGGGCAUUUGCCAGUUUGUAGGGCAAGAGGCUGACGAUCUUUCUUUCAAUGUGUAUGAGGAGAUGAUGAUUAUAAAUCCACUUCCUGACUUGUGCUGGUACACUGCUCAAAAGACAGACCAUCCUGAGGCGAAAGGGUCCGUCCCUAUCACUCAUACGACACUGGUCUACAUCUCUGAUGAUGAAGAUGAUUUCUCUGACCAUAAAGUGUCUUCUGCCCCUGCUCAUGACAUGCUAUAUGAUGACAUCAACGACUUUGUGAGGCAGUCGGGGUGGUUCUCCUACCCUGGGUUAGCUCAUGGAAAGGUAGCACUGCAGCAUGUUCUGGCCAGCAAGUGUAAACUGAGUCACCAACAGUACAUGACCUGUCAAAGGGCAGUGUACAGAAUGACCUACCGACAAGAUGAGAAGGUGUACAUUGGGAAAGCCCAUGUGCUACACGAAGAACUUAGUAAACACUUUGAUUGUUUCAACAAGAAGAGGGAGGAGAUAAGAGAAAUUGACGAUGAGCUGUGUCAUCACACUGAGAUGUCUGGCUGGGACCUUACUGUUUGGGUUCUCGAGGAUGAGGAUGACUUGGACGUUGAGUGUGGCAAGAAGUCCAUUGAACACAAUGCCCUCGUCUCUAAAGAUGGGAAUGGCAUCACAGAAGAAAUGAGCUUUGGGAACAGAGGAGCCUUCGACAAAUUCUGGGACUGGUUCAUGCCAAACUAAACACUGCAGUGUCCGUCUCUUUGUGUUAAUUCAUUUCAGUAAUGCAGUAUAUACAUGGAUCUCAUCAAUACAUUUUUUAUUGUUG